UCAUAGCCCACACAAUGGCCCAUCAGAGCAAAGUCCUUUGGCUGCUCUCCAUUGAUGGACAUCACCUGCAAUGCCAUGUGAAUACCGAUCAACCUUUGGCUGACCAUCUCAAGAAUAAAUAUGCCGAGGCAUUCGACGUGUCUCCUAGCUCCCUGAUCCUGGUCUUCGAUGGUGAAAAAAUCCAGGAUCAAGACACCUUCGACUCUUUGGCCUUGGAGGACGAUGAUAUUAUAGACGUUCUAGUGGCCGCAAUCCAUUAAAAUGUAUUUGUUAAUUGUUGACCAAGUAAUUGCAGAGCAGAGUCAAUGAACUAAGCUGGGCAUGUUUUUUAU